GCGAAUGUCAAUCGUGAAUGUUUAGAUUAAACAUACUAGUUAUCGACAAUGCUUGCUCAUGAGUUAAUAUGCGCCCAAAUAGAACCAUCUUUUCGCAUUUUCGAGAGAUUUAAAAGUUGGGAAAGAGAAUCUAAAGUAAACAGCCUUACUGAUAAUACUACGGUCUGCUGUGAGCUAAUUGAAGCUAAUGCUAGUUUGCAGCAUGAAUUGUUCAAAAUUUUAAGGUUGUUCGUGACACAAGGUAGCCUUUGUACAGACAGUAACAAAGUAUUUCCUGAAGCCUUUGUUGAGGAAACAAUUAAAAAGUCUUAUCGGUCACCGGCAAUGAUUUCAGAAAAUAACUUCCAUCAAAAUCAGAGAGACUUACAUCCAUGUAACAAUAUACAUCCGAUGGCAAAAGAUUAUUGUAAUAAAUUGGAUUAUUCGCAAGGCUUACCAAGUUUAGAAAAUGAGAUUUUAGAACGUGAUGAUGAUAUUUAUCCUCAGGAAAGUGAUAAUUCUUUCAUUUCUAAUGAUCAUUUGGUGAAAUUUGUUGAAGAUAAAAAUGUUACAAGCCAUCUUCAAAGUUGGCUUUCUCCAUUGGUUAGCCGAUAUAAUGAUCUAUUCACAAAUUUACGUGUGUCGUGUAUGGAUCAUCUACAAUCAUUAGGCCAAUCUGAUUGUGCAAGAAAUCAACGCUUGAUUUUUCACGCGGUUCAAGCCGGCUUCACUGUCACCAGCCAUGUGAUCCAUCGUCUUCCCAUUUGCACGCAAAAAGAAAAUUAUAUGUCAAGGAAUGUUGGUGAGCGUCAAUUCUCCGCUUCAGACAUAUCGCUCAAUGAUGAUCAGUUAGAUAAACUUGUAGCCGCAACAUUCAGGCGUCUUUCACGUCAUGCUCCACCCGAAUGCGCAUGUCAUACUUCAAUUACUUCGAUAGGUGGGACAAGUAUUAAACGGCCUAUUUCCAUAAGACGACCUGUGACAUGUCAGGAACUGACUGCUUUAGAUAACCUUCUAAAGGAAGUUUGUUGUCUUGCUUGGCACCUACUGGCUGGAAAAAAGAGUCCGCGACUAGAUACUGAAUCAGAUGGAACUCAGUCUACUUGGUACGCAGAUGUGGAUAAAGCUGCCAAACCUGGGGAUCCAUACAAUGACAAAUGUUAUCGAAGAAGUUAUGAUUCAGACCCAUCUGCUGGUCAAGUUCACCAUUACAUUUGGCCAUGUUUAAUUUUAUAUAGUCAGAGACCUACUGAAAUUCAACAGCGACUUCAAUCAACAAAAAUGGAUAAGACUAAUAGAUGUAAAUCAGUUAAAGCAUGUAUUUUGGUGAAAGGAGAAGCAUGUACACGUAAUCCAAUAUAUGCAGCAUCGCAAAAAGAUAAAGCUGCUGCUUUAUUAAAUCAUGAAUAUUCUUGUCAGAAAGUGUGUAGAUGCACGUCACCGCAGAAAUAUAGCAGGUCAAGAUCAGCAUCAAUUCGGAGAGUCUAGCAAAUAUUACUUUGGUUUUAGAAAGAAACAUAGUGCUGACAAUUUAUUCAGAAAGCUUUGUUUAUUCAGUAAAAACAAAAUUGGAAUGGUCUGCAUCAAUUAAUCCUUAUAGUUAUUCUGUAACAAAUCAAUUAGCUG